AUGCCGACUACUUCUAUUAUAAAUGUUGAAGCCAUAAAUAAUGUUAAAGAUACAUUACAAAUAAAAUGGUCUCCUCGCAAUCCUCCUAUAUUGGACUUUUUUGUUCGCACUUGGCGUGGUGAUGGUCAUUGGCUCAUAUUUCUUCUACGUUCGAUUGACAAAUAUGUACCACGUACAUUAUAUUGUGAUGUAGUUAUUAUGUUUUCAUCCGCUGAAACAGCAUAUUUUCAAUGA